GGUACCGACGCCCCGCCCCCGGAGCUCCCCCCCCCGGGGCUGGCGGACGGUGGCCGCGCGGGGCUGCUCCGCGCUGCCCAUGGCGCCGCGGGACCAUGUCGCUGGUGCUGGGGCUGCUGGCGCAGGCGCUGGGCAGGGCGCUGCGGUACUCCGCGCCGCCUAGGGCCGGCCAUGCGCCCCGGGGCCGGGCCAUGGAGCAGGACAAGGCGCUCGAGGUCUACGAUAUAAUCCGUACUAUCCGGGACCCGGAGAAACCUAAUACUUUAGAAGAACUGGAAGUGGUAACGGAAAGCUGCGUUGAAGUAAAUGAGAUCGGUGAAGAUGAGUAUCUGGUUAUCAUCAGGUUUACACCAACAGUACCUCAUUGCUCUUUGGCGACUCUCAUUGGCCUUUGUUUAAGAAUAAAACUUCAGAGAUGUUUGCCUUUUAGACAUAAGCUGGAAAUCUACAUAUCUGAAGGUACACAUUCCACUGAAGAAGACAUCAACAAGCAAAUCAACGAUAAAGAGAGAGUAGCAGCUGCGAUGGAGAAUCCAAACUUGCGAGAAAUUGUGGAGCAGUGUGUUACAGAGCCUGACUAGUAGCUAUAAUACCCACAGAGUUAUCAUUUUGAUACAUUUCUUAAAAUAUCUUUGUUUAAAAAAAAAGAAAAUAAUCAAGGCCUUGAGUUUAAUACUUGAGUUCUUUUUAUCUUCCAUAUGUUUUUUUAAAAGAAAUUGUUUAUAAGAUAGAUUUAAAUUAUGACGAAUUAGUCUGUGAAAUAAAGUGAAAGUGUAUAGUGUUAAGAAUUUGUAAUACCUGGUGUCCAGAGAAAUAUUUUAUCUGAUUAAAAAAUGAAACAGCACCGUAUGUCCUGCCUUCUGAUAGACAUUGUGAUAUAAAUUCAGUUUUGCAGGUUAAAUUUCUAUAUUGUUUCAAUCACUGAACCAUAAAAAUAAAACAGAUUCUUAUACUGAAA